CAACCCAAGUGAACAAACAAAAGGCCUUGCUACUUCCUAGGUAUGUGCCAACAUAACAAGGAAAGACUGACCCAUGCUUCUCAAACCCUCGGCAGCAAAGUCGGACAUCGACGUCCAUAUGGCCGUGUCCGGCGCUAACAAAUGAAUUACACUCCCUGUCGACUUGUCGACCUCUCAGAAAUAACCCGGACUUCUCGAUCUCGCGGUCAAUUACGCUACCUCUCCCAAAAAACAGUCCAGCAGCUGCAGAAUAGUCAGAAUCGCUCGACGCCCUUGAGGUUCUUACAGAACCCCCGGACCUGGGUGUUUUAUCUGUUAGACGCCCGUCCUAAUAAUAGUACAGCGUUUAUCCUUAGGUUUCAUCCAUCAUCUAGUCACAAGAGGAAUUCAAAAUAACACAAACUUUAUUGAGUCCUGGUUCGGUGAAAUGUUUUUGGAGGAGGUUGGGCCUUGGGGUGGACUUUACAAACGGGGCAACUCAUGGCUUGAGUUGUUUGAUUAAUAGUCCAGUUGAUAAUCCAAUGAUGGUGACUACGCAAAUAGUCAUCAUGAAAAACCAUAAACAGCAGAAGGUUAGUCAAUUAUGCUGCUGAGGUUGACCGGUUUCGACAGAUGUUUGUAUCUAGGGUUGUUACACUGUAGGUAGUAUGCAGACUCCUGGGUCAACCCCGAGAGAACCGAUGCGCCCGUGAUACCCCGUUGACAAGAAGAUAAAUUAAAGCGUCAAUUUGAGUUCGCUCGAGCCACUGCCUAGUCUCCAGCAUUUAUUCCUGGCUGGCUGACUGGGCGAGCGGCGAGCCACAUAUUAUGCCGAGGGGAUGGCGCCAACCGGCUCAAUUCGAAAGAAGAGCAUGAUACAUCCAUCGAUGGCAACCGGAG